CUCUCUCGCUCCCUGGAAAUUUGGAAUACUUGCUCUUUCACAGUAUUCGCCAAGGCUUGAACUUUAGAGGGAGCAGCGGAUAAGAAAGCCAAUAAGCCAUGGCCAAGCAGGGCAAGCCGGAGCUCUUCGAACUCAACAAUGGAACCAUGCGGGUUAGAGUCAGCAAUUAUGGCGCCACCAUCACUUCCCUCUUCGUUCCCAACAAACAAGGACACCUCGAUGAUGUCGUUCUUGGAUUCGAUUCUCUUGAGCCUUAUCUCAAAGGCGAGGCUCCUUAUUUCGGCUGUAUUGUGGGUCGGGUAGCGAACAGAAUCAAAGAUGGGAAGUUUAAUCUUAACGGAGUGGAGUAUACAUUGCCACUCAACAAUCCCCCUAAUAGUCUCCACGGUGGGAACAAGGGGUUCGAUAAGGUGGUGUGGGACGUAGUUGAUCGUAAAGAAGGGAAAACCCCAUCAAUUAUGUUCAAAUAUCAUAGUCAUGAUGGGGAGGAAGGUUACCCAGGUGAUGUUAUAGUAACUGCAACUUACACGCUUACUUCGAUCACAACAAUGAAGCUUGAAAUGGAAGCUGUGCCCAAGAACAAGGCUACUCCAAUUAACUUAGCUCAGCAUACCUACUGGAAUUUGGCUGGUCACAGCUCUGGGAAUGUUCUUGAGCAUGUGGUUCAGAUUUGGGCAAAUCACAUUACCCCUGUUGAUGAAAACACAAUCCCCACAGGUGAAAUCAUUCCUGUUAAAGGUACUCCCUUUGAUUUCACAACAGAAAAGAAGAUUGGUGUCUCGAUCCAUGAGGUUCCUGGCUUGGGUUAUGAUCACAAUUAUGUGCUCGACUGUGGUGAAGAGAAAUCAGGCUUGAAACAUGCUGCUAAAGUGAAAGAUUCCUCGAGCUCAAGGGUUUUGAACUUAUGGACUGAUGCCCCUGGUGUGCAGUUUUAUACUGGGAACUAUGUUAAUGGUGUUGUUGGUAAAAGUGGAGCAGUUUAUGGAAAGCAUUCAGGGCUUUGUUUGGAGACGCAGGGAUUCCCUAAUGCUAUUAACCAGCCAAACUUUCCUUCUAUUGUUAUUCAAUCAACUGAGAAAUAUAAAAACACCAUGUUGUUUGAGUUCUCAGUGGAGUAAACAGUCAUCUUCGAAGAGGUACAUAGGUGCACAAAAUCUGUCUUUUUCUUUUUUCAUGUUUCCUUUUUGAGGUCCAGCUCUCAUUC